CAAGGGUGAGGAUUCUCCCCCUCAACAAGUGAAGUAUCCAUCUUCCUAAGCCACCCCCGAACCCUUUCCAGUCUGUUCCUUUUUGCGCAUUUGUUCGGCCUCGUCGUCAUUUUCUCUGACAAACAUCUACCAGAGCUACAGUGUCUUGUACAUUAUUCAACAUCAACGCUCUAUUGAGAAAAUCAUAGAGGGAGAUACAACCUCAAAGAAUAUUACGUAUUGAGUUAUUGUUGCAAUUUUUGUUUUUUCUAGUUUUCCAUCAGAUACACCACGAAAAAUUGAGUCCGUGCUUGGUCGACUGAUUCUUUUUUAUGAGGAUGGCUUCGUCCACGCCGAGUACUUCAUCCAGUGCACUUCCGCGACCACGGGUUUGGUGUGGUGAGUUCACAGUAGACCCAAAGCGGUUCCAAGGAAGAGCAAUGUCUGUCGCGACGAACCCAACGCUCUCAGUCGCUUUGCUGCCUUUGCCGGAGCAGGAAAUUUGGCGAAAAGUGGAAGAAUCACUGACUCCGAAGUUAAGACCAGAGAACGGGAUCAAUUCGUCAACCCUGGGCUCUUGGUCUUGCUAUUGCAGAUGCAGCUAGGUUCAUGGUUUGAUUUAUUUUUGUAGCCGGGAAUGGCUACGAACAUUACAAUGCAUAGUUGCCUUCUUCUAGGGGUGUCGACUAGCAGGUUAGACCACCUCCUCAGCCGGUGAUGAAAAAUGUUGAUCCGAAUAGCCCUUUCUAAGCAACCGGCCUCUGCCAGUGGGACUCUUGCACCUGUACUGUCCGGCAAACAGUUGGUGCUCUCUUUCCGUGAACGAAAACUGUGACAGCACUGUGCGCUCCGAUAUGCUUGAAGGUUUAAGACGGAUCGCGAAUGGCUACCUAGAUCCGAUUCCGAAGUCCUCAAGAAAUACAACUGCUUUGAACCAUAAAAAUAGUCCAGAUACAAACGCGAUCGUGAUGGACGUUUUAACACGACGAUCACUCACUCUGCCGAUCUCCAAUGGGCAACUAAUGCUCGGAACGUGGCAAGGCGUGUACCUCUUCUUCGACACCUACUACUGCUCACCAGCUCAGAAUGGAGCACCCGUGAUCCAUUGGGCUGUCGUCGAAGGCGCAGAAUACGAGAGGGUAGCGCAUAACGCGAGUUUUCGGGGGACGCAUGCGCUAGGGACGUACCUGAAAGACGCAGACUUGUCAUCAUCCUUCGGAUGCUUGACAGCACUACAUACGCAUCACACGUCAGCGAGUCUGUGUCUGCGAGACAAAAAGUGGGAUCUCGAAAAUGACGUAAUGGAAAAGCUAGUGCCAGACUGCUGGAACGACGAUUUCUUUCAGCAUACGUACUGCCCACUUACACUUGUCUCCUCGUUGUUGUCCAAAUGAUUCGAUUCUUGCUACGUAUUCCUCUUCUUUGACUUCAGCGUGAUUACGUAUGUUCAAGAGAAUGAGUGAUUCCGUGUACCUACACUGAGUACAAGAUGAUGAACAUACAACACGCAGGGCCGAGGGGCGUGACGAUAUGACCGGGCAUAUGAAAAGCACUCUGCUUGGGUGCUCAGCGGUGCUCAACCACGCUGUCUGUAGCGCCAAAGAGGCGGUUCUCAACGAACAUAGAGAUUGUGGCGGCUGGGGCGGCGGGCAUUCACGCAAAGUAUCCCUCGUUCAGGUUCUUUUUCCUUCCGAGCAGCAAGCUUUUCUCCGCAUCAACAUGGCAAAGCCAUAUAGACAGGGUCAACCGGGGACCGGUGAGGGAGCUGGAAGUGAGCUGCAACCUGAGAAGUUACAGACUGGACCAUUCGUGGACAUCACGGCAGAGCUUACCAUGGCUGCUGCGGGUGCAUCUGGCAUGCUCCACGUAUCAGCGAAUCGAGGGGCGCGCCUCGUGCUCGCAGGCAUUGCAGUGCAAUCAGCGGUUGACUACAUUAGUUCAUCCGGUAAUGUCGCAGUCUUCUCGCAGCUCCUGCAAUGCUCAAUCAUGUUGCCUGCUGAAUCUUUAUCGGGGCAAGGAGGCGAAAGAGUAUUCAUCUGGUCACCGGACGUGGGGGAACAUGAAAUUAUCGUAGCAAAACUCUGACGCAAAGUUGCGUUCGCUUUUCUCUGAGCAUUCUAAGUUCGUUCUAUAGGUCCUGUUCAUUGAUUCUGGAAUUCUGAAAAAUAGUGUUCAUUGAAAACGAACAAGACAAGUUUUGUAGUUCCAACGAGAGAUAUUAAUAUUAG